AUGGCUUGUUUGGAUAGAAUUAACUGUAACAAUCUUAUAGAAGAAAUGCAAGAGCCCAGUGUCGAUAGAGAUAAAUUGAGCUACGAGAUUUUUUCGAUUUUGGAAAGCAAGUUUUUGUUUGGUUAUGAUGAUCAAAAGCUUUGGAUUCCAAAGCAAAUCUCACCGCUCAUUGAGCAGUCUAAAAACGAUGUCGUUGUGAACGACGGCGACGAUGUUCAGGCAAUGAAAUAUCAGAGAGGGAAAAUCUGCAUUCUGAGCAUCGACGGUGGUGGAAUGCGCAGCAUAAUUUCGGGUAAAGCGCUGUCGUAUUUGGAAACAGCGUUGAAGAAUAAGUCUGGAAAUCCGGAAGCCAGAAUAUCGGAUUAUUUCGACGUCGCCGCGGGAACCGGCAUCGGAGGAAUUUUCACGGCGAUGCUCUUCGCAACUAAAGAUCAGAACAGGCCGAUUUUUAACGCUGACGACACGUGGAAGUUUCUCGCAGCAGAAGGGAAAAAAUUCUACCGUUCAUGCAAGUCCAAGCCUAAUUUCUUCAAGAGAGUAUUUAACAAAACCGGCGGUGGAGGAAAUUCCGCCACCGGUUCAUCGACGGCGGGCUUAGAGAAGGCGAUGAAGGAGGCGUUUAUGGAUGAGAAAACCGGGCGGAGUUUAACGUUGAAGGACACGCUAAAACCAGUACUGAUUCCGUGCUAUGACCUCUCCACUACGGCGCCGUUUUUGUUCUCCCGAGUUGACGCUUUAGAAACGGACAGCUACAAUUUUAAGAUAUGGGAGGUGUGCUUGGCUACGUCGGCUGAACCUGGCCUUUUCGACCCGGUUUGCAUGAAGUCGGUUGACGGAUUGAACCGUUGCGUCGGGGUUGACGGGGGACUGGCCAUGAAUAAUCCGACCGGGGUGGCUAUUACGCACGUGUUGCAUAACAAGCAGGAGUUCCCAUUCGUUAGAGGAGUCGAGGACGUCUUGGUACUCUCAAUAGGCACGGGUGGCCAGCUGUUAGAGCACAGUUUCGAGUUUGAGCAAGUCAAGAAAUGGAAGGCAGAGGAUUGGGCUCGACCUCUGGCUAAGAUUUCUGGCGACAGCUCGGCCGAGUUGGUUGACCAUGCGGUCUCUAUGGCUUUCGGCCAGAACCGGAGCAGUAAUUAUGUCCGUAUUCAGGCAAAUGGAUCCAGUUUGGGUGGAUUUGGGCCAAAUGUCGACUCUGAUUGUAGCCCCAGCAAUGUAAAAAUGCUCAUCGCAAUGGGCGAUGAAAUGCUGAAACAGAAAAAUGUAGAAUCUGUUUUGUUCAGUGAAGAGGAGCUGCCGAAUAGCUCCUACUGUUGCAUUCAAGCAAGCUACUCCGAAACCUUCUUAAAUAUCUCCUAUUAUAAUCUAAAAAUUCCCAAAAAAAAGAAAAAGAAAAAGGUACAAAUGUAA